UCCACAUUAACCAAAUUUUGAAAGAAGACUCUCACUGAAGAAUUUUGGAUUGCACCCUGGCAUCAAUAGAGGCCUUCAUCCAAGUCUGAGAACCAGAUGAGAUGGAAAUCCUCAAUCAACUUAAUCUAGCACACUGCUCAGGAUUCCCAAAGAUUCUUGGAAAUAUACAAAUUGAUAACAAGAAAGCACUGAUAUUAGAAAGAUUACCUGGUAGGAGCUUGAAAGAGUUCUUACUCGAGACAGAUCCGUCUGAACAACUUUCUGUUAAGGAACUCAGUGAAAUAUUUGCCAAAAUUAUCAUGCUGAUGCAAAAGAUCCAUUCAGUCGGAUACAUUUACAGGAAUAUUGAGCCAGAGCAUAUCUUCAUCUCUCCCUAUUUCUGAAAUGACGAUUCUGUGCUACAAAAGUCUAGAGUGGAUAAGAUUAUUCAAAAGGAUGUGAGCCACUUCGUUGGCUCACAGAGCUUCGACUCCAAGACUUUCCGGGCUAGAAAUAGCAGCACAUCCUGCACCAAGAACUACUCUAGAUAGAAAGAAAUAACAUCAAAAGACAUUUUGAGGUAUCGAUCCUUAAUUUUACCUUGAGCCAACUAAUCUCAGAGCAUAACUCCUGUUCUUCACUUGAAGAGAGAAAAUCAGACCCUGAAGAGUUAAGCAAGAAGCACAAACACAGUGAGGAAGAGAAACUUCCUCCAGCUGUUUCGAAAGUAUCACUCUCCAGAAUGAACACAAAACAAAAUGUGACUAAGACAGAUGACCUUAAAGACGUCUGCUACUUGUUUGCUUAUUGCCUUAUGAAUUCAUGAUAUCAGGAAAAAUUGCUUCAAAAGGAGCAGGAAGUGCAUGCAUUUGCACUAGAAAUUUUUAGAACCAUCUACUCGAAGACUAAAUUUUCCUCUUUCAAGACCGGGUUCAGUCACAAUGAUUCAUAUUUGAGUGAUUACUCAGGUCUUACAAGAUGCCUCAAACAGAAGAUCGCUAAAUUGCCUUUGAAAAUCAAAAAUGAAUUGAUCUCGUUUUGAGACCCUUGCAGUGACGGGGUCAUGAGCGAGUUUCAUCCACUCGAGAAACUAGGCCAAGACCCUACCUUUGACACUAGAGUUGGGAAUAAAUAUACUAGAAAGACCCAAGUUAAGCAUGCUUACAAUGCCUUCUAUGGCAAGAGUAGUACAUCUAAAAACUGACCAAGGAGUCGGUUCUGGGCAAGCCAACAAUCAUCCUUCAAACGACAUACGGCUAAAGACAAUAGAGUAUACAGUUCUGAUAAACACAUUCUCACAAAAAUGUGUGAUGACUUUGAUGACUCCAAAAAUAGCACAGUUAUCACCGGGAAAGUCUUGAAAAAGAGCUCUCAGGAUUAUUCUCGAAAGAGCAAACAGGACGUUCCGGAGAAGAUAGAUCUAUCCAAAAAUGCCCAACACCUUGACCAAAUAAUGGAAGAAGGGAUCGAUAUGGAAGAGAGUGACUCAGUCAUUGACCAAAAUAUGAAGAGCCAGAGGGAGUCUAAGUCUGCCUUCCUAAAGCUACUCAAAAACCCGAACAAUCAGAGCAAGUUAUCCCAGUCCCACCGCCAAGUCUCUGACAAGAUGGACCCAAUGUCUAUAUUUGAAGGUGGGAAUGAAAACAUUAGUGAUGAAAUCUUGGAGGAAAACCUGAAAAGAAACCCGACAACUCUCGGCUCCCUAACAGGAUGCUCUGGCCAUAUUUUUCCAAAGUAGUUCUAAGUGAAUG